CAGAUUAGAUGGUUUGUUUUGUUAGUCCAGCAUUUUCACUCUUUUAUUUCCCAACUUUGUUGCAACUUGUUUGAAAUGUCUCAUUUUCUUUUAAACAUUUUUCAGUCGAACCUUCUUGUGUGAAGGUUGAACCUUCAGUGUGCUUGAGAACCUUCACUUCUCAAGCACACUUUCAGUUUUAUGGUUGUCUUGCUAAUAUCACUUUAGACCCAGUGGGCUUAAAUAUGAGAAGGCCAAGGAGUGGAAGAUCCCUUGUGUGAAUGCCCAGUGGCUGUGUGAUAUACUGCUGGGCAACUUUGAAGCACUGAGACAAAUCCAGCACAGCCGAUACUCCAUCUACACACAUCCUGAACCACUGGUGCCUAAUCCACAGCUGGUCCAGAACCUGCUUGCUGCUUGGAGAACACCAAUCAAAGUGUCUUCUGAAGCUUUGGCGAGCCUCCAGCUGCUGCAGAAGCAGAAGAUCAGCGACUCAGCAAACCCACCUGCAAACAAGAAGGCCAGACUGGAAGAGAUCCAGUCCCCGAGUAAGAAGCUUCCUCCAGAGUCCACUCCUCGGGUCAUGUUCACAGGCUUUGAGCCUAUGCAAGUACAGCAGUACACCAAGAGGUUACAUGCUUUAGGUGGUGAGCUUGCAGACAGCAGUCAGAAAGUCACUCACCUUGUGGCCAGUAAGGUGACUCGCACCGUCAAGUUCCUCACUGCCAUGUCUGUGGUCAAACACAUAGUCACCCCAGAGUGGCUGGAGGAAAGCUGGAGGAGUCAGAAGUUUGUGGAUGAGCAGAGUUACACUCUGAGGGAUGCAGAAGCGGAGGUGCUGUUUGGCUUCAGCCUGGAGGAGUCGCUAAAGAGAGCCCAAAGUGCACCUCUCUUUAAGGGGAAGUACUUCUACCUCACACCAGGGAUCUGUCCAAGCCUCAGCACAAUGAAGUCCAUUCUGGAGAGCGCUGGAGGAAAGCUGCUAACCAAGCAGCCCUCAUACAGAAAGAUCAUGGAGCACAAUCAGAAUAAGAACCUUCCGGAGAUCAUAUUAAUUUCCUGUGACAAUGACCUUCACCUCUGUAGGGAAUACUUCUUGAAAAACAUUGAUGUCCACAAUGCUGAGUUCAUUCUGACUGGAGUUCUCACCCAGAAACUUGACUAUGAAUCAUAUAAGUUCACUUGAUGGUGCAGCAGUGAAGCAUAAAGAAGAGGAGGACAUGGGACAGAAUGAGGACAACCUAUGUGUACAGUCCAGCCACACUGACUUUUCUAUGUUUUUAUUUCUGUGCAGAUGUCUCCAGUCUUUUUGUAGCCUUUUGUUACCUGUUUGAGACUAAUUGAAUGGAUGUUAUUUUUGUGAAAUAAUUGUUUAAAUUAUGGAGGAUGAAACUCUUUUUUUCUGUUGUUGAGAAUAGGAUGUGUAAAGCUUCAGCUCACAAAUGCUGCUUUUUGGAAUAAAAACUACACUUUGAUUGUGAAAAA